AUGCCUUCAGCAUUGCUCGAUAACUUGUUGCUACAUGGUAAACAACUAGUCCCCGCUUUUCUCUAUGGUACUGCGUGGAAGAAGGAAAAGACAGCAGACCUAGUCUAUCUGGCAUUAUGCUCUGGUUUUAGAGGCAUUGACACCGCAGCCCAACCGAAGCAUUACAGAGAGGAUCUUGUCGGCCAAGGCAUCCGUCGAGCAUUGAGCGAAGACAGGAUCUCACGAGAUGAUCUCUUCAUUCAGACCAAAUUCACCUCGGUCAAUGGGCAGGAUCCCAAUAGAAUGCCAUACGAUCCCACUGCAAGCAUAUCAGAACAAGUCCACGCCUCUAUUAGGUCAUCACUUAGGAAUAUGCGCCCCUUAGCGGAAGAGUCGAGUUCAGAGUCUACAUAUCUCGACUGUUUGGUGCUGCACAGUCCGUUGCCCACAAUGGCGCAAACCCUCGAAGCCUGGCGGGCAGCCGAAACUUACGUUCCCCACAAAAUUCGCUACCUGGGAAUAUCCAAUGUCUCGCAGGGUAUACUCGAGCAGCUCUACGAUGCAGCCGACUUCAAACCGGCCAUAGUUCAAAAUCGUUUCCACUCUAGCACACGCUUUGAUGCCAGUGUCCGUUCUUUCUGUGCCGAACAGUCCGUUGUCUAUCAGUCUAUCUGGACGUUGUCAGCCAAUCCAAAGAUUGUUCGUGGCCCAGAAGUUGGGCUUGUGGCCGAUAAAGUAGGACUGACUCACUAUGAGGCUAUGUACAGUUUGGUUCUGGCUUUAGACAAUGUUAUUAUACUCAACGGCACGACAAAUGCGAAACACAUGGUCGGCGAUCUUUCAUGUGCUCAAAGAACACGGGAAUGGGCCUCAGCAAAUCCGAAAGAUUGGGCGAAAUACCUGGAUAGGUUCAAGAUGCUGCUUGAAGAGACCAGCAAAUGGAAUGGAUCUUGA